AUGAACCUUAUUCGAAGGAAACUCCUGGCCACCAUAUCCGGCCACGAGGCUCCUAUCUCCAAAUCGCUUGCGACCAUCAUUAUGGCUUCACCAUUGACAGAGAUCGACUAUAACGUGAUCGACCCGUCCAAGAAAUGGAAGAUUCUCCGCGUUCAGUGGCGCUAUGGUCUCUGGGCGCUAUGGACUUCGAUCGGCUCAAUGAUGCUUGGAUUUGAUUAUGUCAUCGGCGGCCAACUGGCAUCGCUACCUGAGGUGCAGAAGUUCUUUGGAAUUCAGUUACCGGACGGGUCCUGGGUAGUGCCUGCAACGUAUCUGUCCGCUUGGAACGCCAUUGGUCUCGGCUGUCAUGUUGUCACCGCGUGGUUUGCUGCGCCCUUGUUCGAAAAAUUUGGUCGGAAGCCGAUGAUAAUCAUCGCUGCGUUGAUAUCGACCGUGGCCGUUAUUCUCCAACAGUUGGCUCCGAACUGGCGAGUCCAUUUGGCUGGGCGAGCGGUCAAUGGUAUCGCUAUUGGUAUUAUGUUUACCAUAUCCCCGCUAUGGAUUGGAGAGACUAGCCGCCCGGAGCUUCGAGGUUUCUGGCUAUGCUUCUUCAAUACGAGCAUCGUUUGGGGCCAGAUGCUUGUGGUGAUUGUAGCACGAGCUUCAAGCGGAAUCAACACCAAGUGGCAAUGGUGGACACCCGUCGUUGGCAUGUACUUUUUCCCGCUGAUGCUUGUCAUUGUUUGGCCUUUCUUCCCAGAAUCCCCGUAUUGGCUGGUUCGCGAAGGUCAGGAUGAUGAGGCUGAACGCUCACUCCGACGAAUGUACGGCUUUGAUGACAACGAGUUCUAUGAGAUCGAAAUGAAGCGUCUCAAGGAAGACGUCGACCUGUCCAAAGCGAUCACCGGAGAAGCUACACGCGCCAAAACCAUCUUUGGUUUCAUACCUCUCCCAACCGCGGAACUCGAAUGUUUUAACCGCCAAAAUCGCAAGCGUACUCUGACAGCAAUCUGUGCUGCAAGCUCUCAACAAGUCAUUGGUGCAUCUUUUGUCAUUGGAAACGCAACGUACUUUCUCGAUUUGAUCGGUAUCGAGAAUUUCUUCGACGCUUCAAUCGUGCUUUACGUUGUGAUGCUGCUUUCAAGCGCAGCAGCAUUUCCACUGAGCGAAGUCGUUGGUCGUCGUACCAUGAUCGUACCAGCUCAGUUCGUGCUCUGCUUCCUAUUGCUGCUAAUUGGCAUCAUGGGGUGCAUACCUGAGCAGAAAAAAGCCGGAUGGGCAAUUCUCGUCUUCAUCUACCUCUGGGCUAUCGUGUACCAGCUCAGUAUUGGCGCAACGGGAUUUGUACUGGCGAGCGAGAUCGCUACGAUGAGACUGAGAGCAGUCACUCAAGCACUGGUGACUAUGAGUAAUGGUGUCUGGGGUCUGAUCAUGCAGUUCACCAUACCCUACAUGAUCAACCCUGACGCAGGCCAUCUCGGUGGAAAAGUUGGAUUCAUAUUUUUCGGCCUGGGGUCCAUCGCUGCAGUGCUCGGAUACUUCUUCUAUCCGGAAACGAAGGGUGUUCGAUUUGGACAACUGGAUCAAUUGUAUGACGCCGGUGUGCCUCCCAGACACUUCAAAAAGAUGUCGCAGCGAGAUACGACGAACAAUGUCGUUGGUACAGCAGAAUCAAAGCACGCUGAGGUGGAGGUCGAAGAGAUGGAGCAUUCGAAAUGA